AUGGAAAAUGCUUGCCAAGACAGUGAAUUUUCCUUUGGAGUAUCUUUGAUUGACCGUUUAACGGACAAGGCAGGUAUCACCACGAGUGCUUUUGCCGACUCAACCAAACUUCGGACUUAUUUCCUUAAGUCUUUAAGUGAUCUUCAAAACGCUCGAAUGAAGUUAAUAUCGGAGGCCGCACGACUUGAAGUACAAUGUCGGAAAGAAAAUGAUGAGUUUCUUAACAAAAUAAGAAAAUUAAGUAGCCAACUAUCUGAUGCUAGUAAAACGUUCAAAGACCUUGACACCAAGAUAAAUGUUGUGUCUGGUAAGAUCAUUCAUCUUGGAGAUCAACUUGAGCGACGUAAUGUGCCUCGUGAGAGCCUCAAAGAAGCUCGUCAACUAAUCCUCGAAUUUUCGAAAUUCCUUGGCGCAGGUGGGGGAACUUUCGCAAAUAUUUCUGUCACUCCUCAGGCUGAUGAAUCAAAACUUGUUGAAAAGACAGCGAAUAUGCGAGCUCUCAGCGCACUUUGUUUGGAGCUUCCAGAUGAUGAGCGGUUCUUGGUAGCUAAGCAACGAAUAACAAUUGCUAGUCAAAAUCUUGAGAACCUGCUAGUCAAGUGGUUUAGGCACAAUUUUGCUGCUGAGAAUGAUGAUAUGAUGCGGCGAAUUGCAGACGUCCUCUCGUAUUCACGAAGUCAGUCGGGGUGUGUAGAGGUUUUUAUCGAUGAAUUUCUCAAGUGUCUUCCUUCAGAUUUGGGUGACCUUACUAUGCUACCUGAUAUUCUUUCGCAAACGGAGGCAAAAAUUAUCCGAAUUUUCAGACGACCAGAUAGUGUUGUUAUACAUCUAAUUCAGGCCCUCUUUUAUCGUAAUUUAAAGGCCCAUUUUCAAUCCAAAGUUUCUCUGGACAUGCCCACCGACGCGUUUCUCACUAAUCUUUAUACUGAAUAUAGCAACUUGGAUCGCCUCGUUUUCCAACUUAUUGAUCGUCUUCAGUUACUUUCGGACGAGUCCCAACUCUACAAGUUGCUAGGUAUCUUAGCGGAUGAUGUUCUCUCUGUUUACCAAUUUCGAGAAAUCAGUUGGCUCAACGAUCAUCUUCGGAGUCAACUCGCUUCCUAUUAUGUCUCUCAAAACCACCAAAAAAAAUCAGUAAACUCUUCCGGGUUCUCAGAGUUGAAAAAUGCAGUUCAAAACCGCUUACAUAUCACCAGUGGUAGCGGAAGUGGUCGGGAAUCUCCUACAAAUGAGUUGCUUCUCUCACAAGAAGUUGCUGUCAACAUGUUGGAUGAUGUUCGGCAAUCAACUAAACGAUGCAUGAUGUUAACCAAGCCCGAAGAUCGACCAUCAAUCGGUCUGAAGAUGCUGGACAUGCUAGUUCGCUACUUAAUCAAUGAACAUAUUGAUUACGGAAUCAGUAUGGCCUUGCAAGUUUUGAACAGUGGGGAUCCAAAGUACACUGAUCCAACUUUCACCUUCUUUGCGGCCGUAAAUGAGAGCACUACUCUUUUUGGCUUCUUUGAUAAAGCCGUCAGUGAAUUCAUUGGACCUCUUCUUUCAGGAAGCCUAAAACAAUUGCAAGUUUGCCAAUCAAGACGUCAGCAACUAAAAUGUCGAUUGGAGGAAAAGCUCUCCAUGGGUUUAGAGCAGUGCUUAACUUUAGCUUUGACGAGGAUCCAGCUAAUACUUUCCAAUGAACAACGGAAGGCGGACUUUAAGACUGAUUUACUCCCAUCUAAUUCGUCUAUGGUGAAUCCUGGAGUGGGCUCUGAGAUGUCUGCAUGCUCUCCGGCAUGUCAAGAUGUUUGCAGAUUCCUUAGAAAGGUGAUUGAUAAUGCUCUUCAGAACCUGGACGGUCGUAACCUCUGCACGUUCCUCUCUGAGCUGGGUUUGCGAUUCCACCGUCUUUUGGUCGAUCAUUUUUAUGGCUAUUCCUUCUCAGAUACUGGGGGCUUCGUUGCAAUGCAAGACGUUACAGCCUACAGAGAUACAGCUUGUGGAUGCCAAAGCGCUAAAAUCGACUAUCUGUUCGAUAUUCUUUUAAAAUUAAUGAAUUUAAUGCUGAUCAAACCUCAGAAUGUUCGACAGGUGUGGCAAGACUAUGAACAAUCUGGUAUUCCGAAGGAGCUUCUUGCGAGCUUUAUCUCCCUCCGAUCGGAUUACAAACCGAAGCUUCAAUCGGAAGUCAAACGAUUCUUGGAAGCUACGAGAUGA